UUCCCUUAACAAACAUGGCUGCCUCGCGUCCCGUCGUACAGGCUAAUUUCCGGAACCACCGCAACCGUCUUCUCGCUAUUCUUCGCAAAACCGGAAGAAACUGACGGUGGCUGGCAAAGUCCAAACCUCCUCCGUCUUCCUUCCCGUUUCUGUCUCCCCGCCUCCUCUGUGAGAGUCGAGCGCCAAACUCAAACUUUACCAGGGCCCUGACGCUCUUCAGGCUAGUGCUAAAGGCCGGGCCUGUCGGACCUUUCCUCACACCAGCCAGGCAGCGGUCCAACAUGAGCCAGGUUCUGUUCCAGCAACUGGUUCCCUUGCAGGUGAAAUGCAAAGACUGCGAAGAAAGGAGAUUAAGUGUUAGAGUGAGCAUUGAACUACAAUCAGUUUCUAACCCAGUUCACAGAAAGGAUUUAGUUAUUCGUCUGACUGAUGAUACUGAUCCAUUUUUUCUAUAUAACCUCAUUAUAUCUGAGGAAGAUUUUCAGAGUUUAAAAUUCCAGCAAGGUCUUCUGGUAGACUUCUUAGCUUUUCCACAAAAAUUUAUAGAUCUACUUCAGCAAUGUACUCAAGAACAUGGCAAAGAAAUUCCAAGGUUUUUGCUACAAUUAGUUUCUCCAGCAGCCAUUUUGGAUAACUCACCUGCAUUUUUAAAUGUGGUGGAGACAAAUCCUUUUAAGCAUCUUACUCACCUUUCACUAAAACUUUUACCUGGAAAUGAUGUGGAAAUAAAGAAAUUUCUAGCAGGAUGUUUGAAAUGUAUCAAGGAAGAAAAAUUAUCAUUGACGCAAUCACUAGAUGAUGUUACUAGGCAACUGAACUUGACACAAAAGACAUUAUCAGAAAAAAUCCAAGAACUAGAUAAGCUACGGAAUGAAUGGGCAUCACACACAGCAGCACUGACAAAUAAGCAUUCUCAGGAACUGACAAAUGAGAAGGAAAAGGCCUUGCAGGCACAAGUUCAAUAUCAACAGCAGCAUGAACAACAGAAAAAAGAUUUAGAAGUCCUCCAUCAACGAAACAUCAACCAGCUACAAAACAGAUUGUCUGAGUUAGAAGCGGCUAAUAAAGACCUAACUGAAAGGAAAUAUAAAGGAGACUCCACUAUCAGAGAACUUAAAGCAAAACUUGCUGGUGUUGAAGAGGAGCUCCAGCGGGCUAAGCAAGAAGUCCUCUCUUUGCGAAGAGAGAAUUCUACACUGGAUGCUGAAUGCCAUGAAAAAGAAAAGCAUAUUAAUCAGCUACAAACAAAAGUGGCUGUUUUAGAACAGGAAAUCAAGGAUAAGGACCAGCUUGUUUUAAGAACAAAAGAAGCAUUUGAUACAAUCCAGGAACAAAAGGUGGCUUUAGAAGAGAAUGGAGAGAAAAGUCAGGUGCAAUUAGAAAAACUUGAAGCUACGAUAAAAUCAUUGUCAGCAGAACUUCUUAAGGCAAAUGAAAUUAUCAAGAAGUUACAAGGGGAUCUGAAAACUUUAAUGGGUAAGUUGAAACUGAAGAAUACAGUUACUAUUCAGCAAGAAAAACUCUUGGCUGAGAAGGAAGAAAAAUUACAAAAGGAACAAAAGGAAUUACAAGAUGUUGGACAGUCUCUCCGAAUUAAAGAGCAAGAGGUAUGCAGAUUACAAGAACAAUUAGAAGCUACAGUUCACAAACUUGAAGAAAGCAAACAACUUCUGAAAAAUAAUGAAAAGUUAAUCACAUGGUUAAAUAAAGAACUCAACGAAAACCAGCUAGUAAGGAAGGAUGCAUUGGGCCUUUCUACCACGCCACCGGCACAUUCUAGCAGCAACACAAUCAGAAGUGGAAUUUCUCCUAACCCUAAUGUGGUUGAUGGUAGACUUACCUACCCAACUUGUGGGAUUGGUUAUCCUGUCUCUUCUGCAUAUGUAUUCCAGAAUACCUUUCCACAUCCAAUGUCUGCCAAAAAUGCCAUCCACCCAGUUUCAGGACCAAAGGUUCAGUUUAACUUACAGUUUACAAAACCAAAUACAUCUGUAGGAGAUGUCCAGUCAGGAGCAACUAUUAAUAUGCCUAGCUCAUCUGAUAAGGAAAAUGGUGAAAAUUUGGGGCUGGAAUCCAAAUAUCUGAAGAAAAGGGAAGACAGCAUUCCUUUACGUGGGCUCAGCCAGAAUCUAUUUAAUCAUCCAGACCAUCAGAAAGACAGCACUCUAGGCGCAUUACAGACAUCAUCAAAACCCACAGUGCUCCCUUCUGCAUCUUCAGCAUAUUUCCCUGGACAGUUACCAAACAGUUAAUUCUAAUGUCGUCUUUUACUUUUUAUUGAAGUAUUAGAAACUCAGGUGGUUUAAAAGUGUGUUAACAGCAUAGAUCAAAUCUUUAUCAAAUAAGCAAGUUUCAGAUUGUAUUUGCACUACUGCUGUAUUAACGUUUUGGUCCUUUAUUAAGUAUUGCUGUCAUUUAUGUAAGACAUUUUAGAUGAACAAAUUUGUACUUGGGGAUUGGUGAGAUUCUGAGUAAAAGACUUUUCAGUAUGUGAACACGGUGCUGUUUUAUGGAAUACUGGUUAAAUGAAUUUUAAUAAAUUAAUCCUUGGAACUUCAGUUCUAAGGAAAGAGUUGAUCUUUAUAAGGGACAUUCUAAUCAUACUGGGUAUCUAGGUAAAUUGAAAACUGCCCAGAACAUAAUAGUAUGAAACCAAAGAAUGCUAUCAUUUCAUCAUUUUCACUGGAAAAUAAAGUUUUAAAUUUGUCACCUGAAAAUUAUGAGGGAAAAUGAUUAUCUUCUAAGAGAUCUCUAUUACUGAUGAUGUUGACAUUAAAGGGAAAAGUCCUAAAAUUACCUUGAAUGAAUGAAAUGAAUUAGACAUCAGAGUAAAUGUUUUUCUUAAAACCUUUAAAUUUGCUAUUAAAUAAGUCUAUUAAAUAAUUUUACACACUUACUAUAAAAAUAACUGGACAUGACGAGAUUUGCUAUAAAGUGCUUUAGUCAUUUGAACUGAAAAGUUCGUUAAGAUUUUAAUGCUGCUUCUUAAAAAGAAGCAUUUUUUGGAGUUUUAUUAGUUUGC